GUGUUUAAUUAAGCUACAUCUAUAACUUGAAUUUAAACUAAAGACUAUGUUAUCAGGUAUUAGUCUAUAUAUAAAUGAUGCAGGAGAAAGUACAGGUGAUUUAUGGUAGAUAGAUUGCUACAUUUAAUUCAUUGUGGACAUGGUUUUGGAACAAGUGUAAAAGUAUUCUUGUUUGUCUUUAAUGUGACAUUAAUGGUCAUACGAGUCUAUUAGGAGACAUGAUUGAAUGCCAUCUGAAUGUAAAAAUGUUAAAUAGGUAAUUUGCUAAAUAAAUGUACUUUACAUUAGACACAUUAAUCUCCCAUAGCGUGUGGUUUUGUUUAUCACAGACUUCGCCAAUGAUGAUAAAAAUGAUGCUUCCUAAGCUGGACACCUGACAUCUUGUCUUAAAAUGCGAGAGGAUGGAUAGUGCAAUCAGCCCUGCGUCAGAGUUUAGUCUCUCCAAUGGAUUUGUCAAUAGCGUGUUCAACGUUUCAGUUGACGAAGAGAGCAAAGCUGAGAUCUCAUGGAUUCCAGAGUGCAAUUCCUCAGACUCCAUUAUUCCCGGUCAGACGCUCAGAAGAGAAAAACAGGAACCGGUCCGGCGCUCCAGGAUGGCGGCCAUCUGGAGGAUCCUGCAGCGCCGCAAGACCCCCUGGGACCUGGAUAGACGACCUCACUCCGUCAUCCUCCCCGGUGAAGCGUCCUUCCUCAAACUGUCCAUCACUAACAAAGUCAGGCCCUUCAAGAAACUAAAGUCCCCAUCUGUUUUUAGAGGAAAAGCCGGUAAGAUUUCUGAUGCCAAAUUCAACACUGACCUGAAAGACGAGGCUGAUUAUGUGUACAUGUGCAAGGACUCUCCUUCUUCAGACUUCAAGCAUGUGUUUAGGAAUAAAGCCAAGAGACAUUCAUUCGCAGGACACACUGCAGACUUCUACUGUUUGUUUGAGGACAUCGCCCCCGCUGGAACCCCAGACAACGUCCAGCAGGAGACCAAAGACACCGUUAGCAACCAAAACGGCUGUAAGUUGUCAGAAAGAGUCGUUUAUACAAAGAAAUCUCACCCCAGCUUCUUUAACUACAACAAUUCGACAGAACAGGAAGACUGCUUUACGAAGCAAAGCCUCAAGAUACCUCAAAGAAGACGAUGGGCCAGAGGGGGUGACGUUUUGAAUUACUUGAGAAGAAUUUCCCUCAAAGAAAAGGGAAGUCAGACGCUGGCAGAGAGUAGUUUUGAGUCAAUGAAUGCCCUGGACAAAACCAUCGAUUCUGACUACGGCUCGGUCAACUUUGAACUGGUCAAGGAUUUGAACUCUGCACCUGAACAAACAGGGAUUCAUGGCAAAAGCAGCCAUUUUCGAGGCCUUCUCCGAUUUUUCAACACCGUGGCUGAGACUGCAAUGAAAUGGAGAAACUCGUCCCGCUCGUUCUCCCCCCCUGAAGGCCAGCAGUCGCCUCUCGGAGUGAGAAAGACACAGGAGUCCGGAGAACUCGUGCCUUUGACAGUCAGGAGCGGUGAGCAGAAAGCCGAUACCUCAGUUCAGGGUAAACCCACGUUAUCUGCUGACAUGAGCAAGGCGGUCUCGCCUGAUAAUGCCAUGGUGGAUUGCUCUCCUCCUGUGGUGCUGAAGGCCUGGAGAACAUGCCCAGACUCUCCGAGAGAUAACAGCUCCCUGUGUAAUAACUCGGAUGAAUCCCAGUCUCAGCUCAGCUCAACUCACAUCUCUCUAGCCACCAUCGAGAGCCACCCGAGAUAUGAAGAACCAGAGCCACCAAAAGAGACACAGACUGGCUUUGAAAACACGGCGAUCCCACAUCACUCAUCUAGCAAAGCUGUUGAUGAAAACCAAGAUGUUUGCACGGAUAGGAAAAAGAUGAACUGCCCGGAGGACGUGUUUAAGACCCUGUCGCGGCCCCGGGGCCAGUCGCCUGCAGAUCCUCCUCUCAAAGCUCUGCUCCAGCGGUGUCGCUCUCUGCCGCUGCCCACCGCACUGUCAGCCCUGGAGCCCAUGGCCCUCACACACAUGCUCACUCCUCCAGCUAAAACCAUGGCUAAAUCAGUCGUUCACCGCAUAAGGAACAGCAGCACAGGAUCCAACAGACGGAAGCGGAUUAGACCAGGAUCUGGACCACUGCACGUCAACAUGUUGAUCAGCGGCGGUUCGGUGGUCAGCGCGGAGGCAGUAUGGGAUCACGUGACGAUGGCCGAGCGGGAGCUGGCCUUCAAAGCUGGAGACAUCAUCAAGGUCCUGGACGCCUCCAAUAAAGACUGGUGGUGGGGUCAGAUGGAUGACGAGGAGGGCUGGUUCCCCGCCAGCUUCGUGAGGCUGUGGGUUAACCAGGAAAAUACAGCCACAGAAUCGGCUGAGGGUGCCGGUGAGGUACAGAACGGACACAGCGACCCCAGCAACGGCUGUCUGUGCAUCGGCCAAGCGCUGCAGAACCGAGACCAGAUGAGGGCCAACGUCAUCAACGAGAUCAUGAGCACUGAGCGCCACUACAUCAAGCACCUGAAGGACAUCUGUGAGGGAUACUUGAGGCAGUGUCGAAAGAGGAUUGACAUGUUCAGUGACGACCAGUUGAAAGUGAUUUUUGGAAACAUCGAGGAUAUCUACAGAUUUCAAAUGGGAUUUGUGCGGGACUUGGAGAAACAGUACAACAUUGAGGAGCCCCAUCUUAGUGAAAUCGGACCGUGUUUUCUGGAACAUCAAGACGGGUUCUGGAUCUAUUCAGAGUACUGCAACAACCACCUGGAUGCCUGCAUGGAGCUCUCCAAGCUGAUGAAGGACGGCCGCUAUCAGCACUUCUUCGAAGCCUGUCGCCUGCUCCAGCAGAUGAUCGACAUCGCCAUCGACGGCUUCCUCCUCACCCCUGUGCAGAAGAUCUGCAAGUACCCUCUACAGCUGGCCGAGCUUCUCAAGUACACAGCACAGGACCACAGUGAUUACCGUUAUGUGGCAGCAGCGCUCGCUGUCAUGAGGAACGUCACCCAGCAAAUCAACGAGCGCAAAAGAAGACUGGAGAACAUUGACAAGAUCGCUCAAUGGCAGGCCUCGGUGCUGGACUGGGAGGGUGAUGAUAUUCUACACAGAAGUUCAGAGCUGAUCUACACGGGUGAGAUGUCGUGGAUCUAUCAGCCGUAUGGCCGGAGUCAGCAGAGGGUCUUCUUCCUCUUCGAUCAUCAGCUGGUCCUGUGCAAAAAGGACCUGAUCCGUCGGGACAUUCUUUACUACAAAGGGCGCAUUGACAUGGAUCGCUAUACGGUGAGAGAUGCCAUCGAUGGACGGGACGACGACUUUAAUGUCAGCGUGAAAAAUGCGUUCAAGCUGCACAACAGAGACAGCGAGGAGAUCCACAUCUUCCUGGCCAAGAAGCCGGAGGAGAAGAUCCGCUGGCUGAGGGCUUUUCACGAGGAGCGCAGGAUGGUCCAGGAGGAUGAAAAAAUCGGUUUUGAGAUUUCUGAAUACCAGAAACGACAGGCUGCCAUGACGGUGCGUAAAGUGGCCAAACAGAAAGGUGUGAGCCAGAGCAGGUGCGUCUCCCCGGUGGACCCCUCGUCUCACGGACCCCUCAUGCUCUCCGAUGACACUCUACAGUCAGACCUAGUCGAAUUCCACGUCUCCAAAUCAGGACAAUCUCCAUUCUGGCAAAACCUUAAUAAGCUGACGUCGUUAAAAAAUGGUAAAAAAUAGUUGACUCUGUGUCUGAAUGCUCCCAGCAAUGACGUUCAAGCUCAAGUGUAUUUAUUAUGGACCUUAAAAACACCAUGAACCUCCAUCUGGAUAUCACUGACAAUCACGAGGCUGAUGCGAUCAUACCCGGAUGCUCACAUGUGUCAUGCACUAUUACUGUAUCUCCACUUUGAAGGCCAAAUUCAGUCGAACUGACCAGCAUAGGGUGCUCUUUGGCCUGCUGUGACAAUGACGGCCAUCAAAUUGAUAUGUGUCUCAAAGGUUCAAAGACAUGAAGAGCAUCCACAUGAGGAAACUCGUGCCGUACACUACAAAUUAAGACGUGGAGUGUGAGAUUGUAAGCUUUACACACAAUUAACAAUCAAAUCGUCUAAACAGGGUGUUGCUUUCUAAUCCACAGAGGUGAUUUUGUCAAUCUGAGGAACACAGACUUUGACAACAUGAUUAUUCCUAGUAUUAGUGAACAAGAUUUGUCACAAUCUCGUAUCAUGCUCUCCUCAAUCAAUCACACACGUUGUAUAUUGACUGAAGUCAUUUCAUAUGAUAAAUAUAGAUGUUUUUGUAUGUCUAUAAAAGGUAAAGUAGAUUUUUGAAUUUGCCUCCAAAGGGGGUUAUUUUUGAUUGUAUUAUAUGAUUACAUAAGUACUCCGUAGUAAGCACACUGAAACAUUCAUAUGCUUUGUAUUUGAGUUUGGUUGUUGUUCAUUUGUAAUAGAUACACUAAAUACUAUUUAUUGUAGUUAAUGGCAAAUAAUGAGCAGGUGUAAUGCACAGAACUCCUGGGCCAUGAAAUAUAUAUGUAAACGAAGACAACUGACAUCCUGAAAUUAAUGAUCAUAUUUGUUCAGCAUCUUUUCUGAAUCUUUCAUCAGGUUUAAAGCUCCCCAUGAAUGAAAUUUAAAAAUAGCCUACACCUGCAUUCAUUUAUUGGUGAUUGAUGAAUUAGCAGGUUACAUUUGGCACAGUGCAAAGUAGACAAUGUAAGAACACACGGGAUGUGAAAAUUGGUUUGUAGGAUAUGAGCUCAUGUCUACAGAUACACCUAAGCAGUUAUGUGAUUAACUCAUAACUAUAUAAUCUAAUCUAUUGGUGUUCAGUAAUAAUGCACUUCCUUAGUUACUUUCUUAUAAAUGUUUAGUAUGAAUUUACAUUUUGCCGGCUGUAAUGAUGUGCUAUGUUUUAAAGUAAAGAGUGAAAAUAAACUUGUACUUUCUGUUGUUUUCAUUUAAAUGACUAAGCCACUGUAAAAUACUACAUACAGGUAUCAUGAGACAAGUUCAGGUAUUGCUUAGAAAUAUCUUGUUCUGAAUAAAAUUGGAAAGGUCUUUUCUCACACACAUGACACAAAAAAGCCAAACGAAUCACUGAUGAAAUGACCUUUGAACAUUCUCAUGUCAGAAAUAAAAGUAAAAAAAAAACAAGAAUUAGCCACAGUUAUGAUGCUCAACUAAAGUAAAAUUAUUUGCAGUUAUUUGUAUGUUUGAAUUUGAUCAAGGUCAACAGCAAAAC